CGUGCCGAGCCGAGCCGAGCCGUGCGGUGCCGGGCCGGGCCGGUGCGGCGUCCUGCGAGUGCAGCGGCGCGUAUGGGGACCCUCCGCAUCGCCCUGCCGGGCCCCGGGCCCUGGGGCUUCCGCCUGGUGGGCGGCCGCGACUUCGAGCAGCCCCUCACCAUCUCCCGGGUGACUCCCGGCAGCAAAGCUGCAGUAGCCAAUUUGUGCAUAGGAGACCAGAUCAUAGCCAUCGAUGGAGUGAACACAGACAACAUGACGCACCUGGAGGCGCAGAACAAAAUCAAGGGCUGCACAGAGGAGCUGACUCUGACGGUCAGCAGAACGGAGUCAAAAGUCUGGUCACCGCUUGUGACUGAGGAGGGAAAGACGCAUCCUUACAAGAUGAAUCUGGCCUCUCAGCCCCAGCAGAGACCGGCGCAGUUUCAGCGUGCGUUCAGCUUGACAUACCAGCCCUCUGGUCUGCACAGCUGCCCGUCGCCGCUGCAGGCGCCCGUCGCCUCGGUCUAUAACCCGCUGCAGGCGCUCCCCGGCAGGCCCCCGCCGCAGCGGCGGCACAGCACCUCCUCCGUCCCCAGCGCCGUCCGCGUGGGGCCCGAAGAGCUCAAGCGCGCCGCCCAGGCCUGCCCCAGCAGCCCCGUGGAGCUGGCGGUGCCGGGACUCAGGGUGCUGCACGUGCAGUUCAAUUCGCCCGUGCAGCUCUAUUCGCAGAAAAACAUCCUGGACUCGCUGCAAGGGCAGAUCUCCUCCGUGAGCCCCGAUUUCCCCAGCCUAGAUCAGCACAUCCAGCCCCCGAGCGGUAUCGUCAUCGACAAAGAAUCUGAGGUUUACAAGAUGCUCCAGGAGAACCAAGAGUCGAACGAGCCACCCAGGCAAUCUGCUUCCUUCUUGGUGCUGCAAGAGAUUUUGGAGUCGGAAGGAGAUCCGACCAAACCGUCUGGGUUCAGGAGCGUCAAAGCCCCCACCACGAAGGUGGCCGCGUCCAUCGGGAACGCCCAGAAGCUGCCCAUGUGCGAGAAGUGCGGGUCUGGCAUCGUGGGGCCCUUCGUGAAGCUGCGCGACAGGCAGCGCCACCCCGAGUGCUACGUGUGCAGCGACUGCGGCACCGGCCUCAAGCACAAGGGACACUUCUUCGUGGGAGACCAGAUCUACUGCGAGAAGCACGCGCGGGAGCGGGUGGUCCCGCCGGAGGGCUACGAGGUGGUCACCGUCUUCCCAAAGUAACCGCCGGCCUUUCGCCGCCGCUCUCCCACCGCCAGCGCCGCCCCCUUGCCAAGCCCCGUCUGCGAAGAGGAGCGCGAGGCGCAGCUUCGAAUUGCCUCGCCGCGCUAAUCUUCCCUCUGCUCGCGUGAGCUGCCACUAAUUCUCCAACACUCUGCCGUCGUUUCACUUUUUUUUUUUCCCUUCUUUCCUAAUACACAGGGUUUUGUUUUCUUGUUUUGGUUUUCCUCCUCUGUGCUGCCAGUCACACGGGAGCGUCAGAGCCGCAGCCAGGCACCACCUGCUCUGUGUCUCGGUUAUUCGCCUUGUGUUUGCACCCAAUAAACAGGGUGAAGCCAAAA